ACUUCUACAAAAACGAAAUCGAUCGUAAAGAGAUGUACUUACGAUAUGUCUACAAACUACACGACCUUCAUAUUGCAUCUGACAACUUCAUCGAAGCUGGAUGUACACUUUUACUUUAUGCAGAGACUUUGAGCUGGGAUAGCGAUCAGAUUGGUGUGGACCCAGAAUACCCUGAAACGCCGGAAUGGAAACGCAAGGAAGCCCUGUACAAUCAAGUACUGCAAUAUUUCGACAGGGGAAAAUGUUGGGAAAAGGGUCUCCCCUUACUUCGCGAGCUAGCAACGCUGUACGAAGUGAAGCUUUGCGACUACGCGCGUUUGGCUCACUGCCUCAGGACGCACGCCACGUUCUUAGACUCUGUGCUGGAACAACUGAGGCCCGAGCCGGAGUACUUUAGAGUGGGCUUCUAUGGGAAAGGAUGCCCGUUGUUUGUGAGGAAUAAACAGUUUGUGUACCGCGGCCAAGACUACGAGCGCAUCGGAGCGUUCACGCAGCGUCUGCAAGCGGAAUAUGUCUCUGCGCACAUUCUCAUGCGCAACACGCCACCAGACGAGUCCAUCAUCGCUUCUGAUACACAAUACAUCCAAAUCUGCAACGUAAAGCCGGUAGCAAAAAGGCGCACGUGGCCUAACGGCGCGCCCGACCAGCUCAAGCGCUUCUACGGCACCAACGACGUCGACACCUUCCUGUGCGACCGGCCGCUCCACAAGCCGCCCAUAGACAAGGACAACGAGUUCAAGGUACCGUAGACUACUGCCAGGGACC